AUGUCGGAAAAGCCUUUUGUCGAUCGCUCAAGUGAAAUAAUCGGUGAUUUGUGCCAAUUUGUAGCCGUCAGAUACGGCAGGGUGCCGAAACGCUCGAGAGAACGUGGUCCGGAGGACUCGAUGUCGACGAGUACAACGACGACGACCACCACUACCACUACCACUACAGGAAUGCAGCAACUGACUUCACCUGGUACUGGUAACAACAACAACAAUAACAACAACAGCAGCAGCAACAACAACAACAACAACAACAACAACAAUAGCGCCAGCAACAACAACAACAGUAGCCAAAACAACAACAAUAACAACAGCCAGAGCCAGAACGCAGUGUCGCGAGUACCGUCGGCAGCAGUGGCUGAAGCCGAUCAAUCAGAUGCCGACGUAAAAAUGGCCGUGUACGAUUUAAUCCUCCAAGUGUCGCAGGCGCAUCAGGCGCAUUGCGGCUUCACGGAGGAUUCGGUGAGAGGGCUCGUAAGGAAGCCGAUGAUAAUACCGGCGAGUAAUUCUUCGCAGCCCGCCAGUCCGGAAGACCCGGAAGCGGCCUCCUCCACGGCGGAGACUGUCGAGUCGCAGAGGAUCUGGUUGUGGCAGCAAUUCGCCGUUAGAGUGACGCCAUCGGUUCAGAGGGUGGUGGAAUUCGCGAAACGAGUGCCGGGAUUCUGUGAACUCUCUCAGGACGACCAACUGAUUCUAAUCAAGGUCGGUUUCUUCGAAGUGUGGCUCAGCCACAUCUCUAAGAUGACCACCGAUAGUUCGAUGACUUUUGAAGACGGCACAUAUAUCACCCGGCAACAAAUGGAAUUAAUGUAUGAGCCUGACUUCGUGACUGCGUUGAUGCAAGUCACGUCGACAUUAAACGCUCACCAACUGGCGGAUGCUGAGCUGGGACUGUUCUCGGCAGCAGUGCUACUGAGCGAACGGCCGGGCUUGAACGAUGUGAAGGCGGUGCAGAAACUUCAAGAUCGGCUUUUGGAGGCACUUAGAGUGGAGGUGUCACGGAGUCAGUCGGCCGCUUCCAAUGACAUCAGCUCGGUUUGUUCCGGCAGCAUCUCACAGAGGAUACCUGAGCUGCGAGCGCUUGGCGCCAGGCAUGCCAAUCUGCUCGAUUGGUUCCGAAGGAAUUGGACGAAACUCAAGUUACCGCCGUUGUUUGCCGAGAUAUUCGACAUUCCCAAGUGUGAAGAGGACUUGCAAUGAGGAGACUCCGUAAGCUAUACCGAGAUAAUUCGAGGAAAACCAACGGUGGUAGAGUCGGCAGGAAUCCGAAUUGUUCAACAAUCAGUGCUUGAGUUCAGUUUGGAGAAUUGGCGAGAAACGACGCUAUCUUUCGAACAGUAUUAAGCAACACUGCGAUUCGCACUGCAUUAGGAAAUUCAGAAGAAAGAAAGGUGAGAGAGCGGUGUCAGCUGUCAUCUACAGGAAAUCCGAAAUCGAAUCGGCGGAGUUUGUACCGGCGCAAAUUUCCAAUGAUGAUCUUUCGGAAUUGUAUCAGCCCCUUCUCCCGCUAAUUUGUGGAGAGACGUCUCGAGAAUAACGUGACGUCAAAUUGGAGCCUCUCUUUCUCUCUUCCUUCAAUUGAAACUUAAGGGUAUUCUGCUCCAUCACCUCUCUCGCUGGGAAACUCUAUUCUCGGUGUGUGACACAUUAGGAAAUUAUAAAUAUUAUAUUAGGGAAAAGAACCAAGCGCCCACAAAAAUAGAGUGAGAUGGCUGUCGAAGGGGGCGCGUUGGCCAUCGGUGAAUAUUUAGGUGAACCUUCAGGCGACUUCCCCGGCUGACUUGUCUCAAAAGUAUUUCUCUUUCUCUCUCUCUUUCUCUCUCUCUCU